AAUGAUGUUGCUGAACUUUUACUUGCUAUUUUUCCUUAUCUUCUCGGUGGCACCUCAUACAAUGUCACAAUUAGAUGUUAUAGGCACUGCACAACAACACUUAGCUAAACUGGGAUUUUUGUCCAACUAUGUGGAAGAUUUCUCCCUUGAGCCUGCGUAUCCAGAUGAUUUAUCUAUGGAUGGAACAUUAAAUUCCAAAGAAGUUGUGCUAAUUCCGAAGAGUUUGAUAGAUUCGAACAGCAGAACUAUUCUCAACUAUUUACAUGAUUUUGGAUAUUUGGACAGUUACACGAGACUGAAAUCAGAUGGAUCUGAGGAGACAGCUAUGAUGAGUACUGACGACCUUGAAGGAGCCUUGGCAUUGUUCCAGUUCACUAACUAUCUACAUCCAACAGGUAGUGUUGACAAGGAAGUCAAAGCGCAGAUGAAAAUACCUAGAUGUGCUCUACCGGACAUUGAUCCUGAUGAUCCAGGUAACAUUGCUUCCCUUAUGGGAAUGGGGACCAUAAAAGAUGUCAAUGACUUAAAAGAUAGGAUGAGAAACAGUAUGUACAAUUUGAGAACUAAUAGUAAUCAGGACAUGCCUCUGGAUGGAAGAACCAGCAUAGUAACCCUGGAAAAGAAGUAUGACAUUGCAGAUGAGAAAUGGCCGAGGAAUAGAUUAGCUUACCACAUAGGAAGUUUAAGUGACACUCUCGGUAAACGCACAAUGAGUGAACUAGUGCGCGCGUUCCAAGUGUGGACAGAGAGUGUUGAGAUAUACCUGUACCAAGUGGAGAGAGAGGAGUUAGCGGAUAUCAGGAUCAAGUUCAUGACUGGAGACCAUGGGGACAAGUACCCAUUUGACGGUCCUAUGGGAGUACUAGCACACGCCUUCUACCCUCGUAGCGGAGAGGUACACUUUGACAAUGAAGAGGAGUUCACUCAAUACUCCAGCAGAGGAGUAAAUCUGCGAUACACUGCCGGUCAUGAGUUUGGACACACUUUAGGCUUAAAGCACUCCUUGGAGAAGGGCACUCUAAUGUCACCCUAUCAUCCCGGCUACUCUAAGAAAAUAUUUCUUAAAGAAGAUGACUUAGUAGGGAUUUCCAAGCUAUUCAAGCUCGGAAAAGGGGCUGUCUACACUGCUGACACGGUAGAGGCACGAGAAUAUCAGAAAUAUUUACAAAACAAAUUUGAGAAUUCGCAGGAUAGUAAACCCCACGUUGAAAACUCAGCCUGUAUUGAAGACAUAGAUGCGGUGAUUCACCAUCCUCACACGCAAACACUCUUCUUCUUCACCAAACACCUUUACUACAAGGUAGAACGGGACAAGGUGGGUGAGAUGGGUGUUAUGGAAGGUUAUCCUAAACAGUUAUCUGAGGGCUGGGAUGGUUUGGAGGAUAACAUUGACGCAGCUUAUGUUAACACAUCCAUUUCAGCAGCUUUCUUCUUCAAGGGUGACAAGUACUGGAAAUACAACUUUCUUACAGAGAAAAUGUAUGUUGGUUUCCCCAAAGUAAUUACCACUCCUAACAUUCCCAGUAAUCUGACAGCCACUAUGAUGUCAGGAAAUGUGGCAUAUUUCUUCUCACAAGAUAAGAUAGUUAAACACAGAGUUGCGAGCAACUCUUACCAUCAAAUAACGGAUAAGAAGGUGGAUGUUGAGGCUACCUUCCCUCUCUUCGUGAAGGGCUACUUUGGUAUGACGCACGGGUGCACUUACUCCAUCUACAAAGUAAAGACAAUGGAAGCGGUUGAAGUGUACGAUGGUCGCCCACUCUCAUGGGACUACGGGUUACCAAUGUGUGUUGACUCCUUGUCAAUCAGUAGGGACAUUAAUCCCAAGAUGAAGCCUUUCUGUGAAGCGUAUGCCUAUCUUGCCUUUGGAGAUGCUGACUUGGAGAUUCCUAAAGAGUGUUACAGCCUUGUAAGACCAUUCCCUGCUUACCCACUUGAAGAUAUUAUAGACUUGCAAUAUGAGUUGUAGUCCUACCAUUCCCUGCUUACCCACUUGAAGAUAUUAUAGACUUGCAAUAUGAGUUGUAGUCCUACCAUUCCCUGCUUACCCACUUGAAGAUAUUAUAGACUUGCAAUAUGAGUUGUAGUCCUAUGGAUGGUGUCUGAUAAACUUAACCGCAUAAUCUUCUGCAGCUACUGUAACCAAGCCGUCCACUUUUACUUGAACUGUAUAUAGUCUGCUCCAGUUUGUACAAUAAUUUAUAAAUUAGUUAUAUAAUUAUAGUGAUUAUAUAAACUUAUAAGUCAGUUUAUAGAGGGUUCCAGUGGCUACUACACUGUCGUUUCAUGUAGUAGUUAUGAACUAAAAAGCCGAACGUUCUAAAUAAGUCUUCUGUGAACAUACUAACGUCGAUAUUACUGUGGGCUUGAUAAUGACGAGAUAUUUAAAUGUUAAUUUAUUAAUUAUAAUAAAUUUCAUGUUAUAUUUGGCUUAUAACGGAAUUGAUUUAUGAGAACGAUUUACAGAUUUAGAUAUGCUGUGGACGAAUG